AUGACCCAUAUUCCAGUCGACGUCUUGGGCAAUCCAUAUGGAAGUAAAGUCGUCUUAACGACUUAUCCAGAUAUUGGCGGAGUUAGACCUGUUCCAUUACGAUGGGGUGAGAGUGAGCCAUCACAGCGCGGACCUGUCAUCGCCACUCGGACGGGGACAGGUGCCAAAACACGCAAUGCAAUCGGUGCUCAUGGAGGCUCAUACUCAGUCUACAACGCUCUUGCCAUUGCUGGUGGCGACUUGCCACCAGAUUUCCUCCCCGAUUUCACAAAUACUGAGCCAACCUUUGACUUCAAGCAACAGCCGGCAUGGGGAAGUGCGGAGAAGAUUGUUGCCAUGGACCCAUUUGGCCAUAUCAUAUCGACAGCAUACAAGAAGUAUCUUCAGGAAGGAUAUGAUGUUCGUCCUACAAUCGCCAUCACGCGUGCAACGAUGAGAGUUGGAGAAAUUGCCGAAGCUGUGAAGGAUGGGAAACUGCCAGUUGACGGGGACAUUGUCAUCGACGAUGAGGGGAAUGUCAGGGUGACCAAAGUUGCAGUCGAGCCGGUUUGGUAUCUUCCAGGUGUCGCGAAACGAUUCAACAUUGAAGAGAACCACCUGCGUCGUGCUCUUUUUGAGCACAUGGGUGGCAGCUACCCGGAAUUAAUUACACGGCCCGAUCUCAAAAUCUUUCUCCCACCGAUAGGAGGUUUGACAGUUUACAUUUUUGGACCUCCUGAACGUGUUUCUGACCCAAGUUGUAACCUUGCUCUUCGAGUUCACGACGAAUGCAAUGGCAGCGACGUUUUUCAAUCCGACAUUUGCACGUGUAGACCUUACCUCGCGUUUGGCAUUCAAGAGGCUAUUCGUGAAGCUCAACAAGGAGGAAGCGGCCUCUGCAUCUACUUCCGAAAAGAGGGCCGUGCAUUAGGUGAGGUUGUGAAGUAUCUCGUGUACAACGCAAGGAAACGGGGCGGAGAUACAGCAGACAAGUAUUUCCAGCGAACAGAGAAUGUUGCUGGUGUACGAGAUAUGCGGUUUCAAGCGCUCAUGCCAGACAUUCUUCACUGGUUGGGCAUCACCAAGAUUGACAAAAUGCUGUCUAUGUCGAAUAUGAAGCACGACGCAAUUGUGGAAUCUGGGAUCCCAAUUAUUGAGAGAAUUCCAAUACCGGAUGAUAUGAUUCCCAAGGAUUCAAGGGUCGAGAUUGAUGCCAAGAUCAACGCUGGGUAUUUCACUACAGGCACUGUUCGGACUGCUGAAGAAUUGGCCGAAGUUAAGGGUCGCGGUUGGGAGCAGUGGGAAGAUGUUGCUCAUUAAAACGACAAUUUCAUGCUGCAUCUCAUUUUACUUUGCAUGGCGUGCGGGGUUCGCAAUCGUGGUAUUUCCCUAAUUGAGCCUUUC